UGGGCACUCACGAACUGAUGAAGUGAAGCCCUGUUGACUGCAGAAAAUAGGCAGCUGAAUGAUGAUUUGAAAAGUCAUAAAUUAAUGUUGCAAAGUUGAAACCUUUACAAUACUCAAUACUAGUAGUUGCUUCAUGUAGAUGCCAGGUCGGCAGCUGGCUUCCUUCCUUUCAAUCUUUAUCCUUCACCAAGAGUUCAGGUUUUCAGUCUAGAUGUAGAUUUACUGUAUCGUUCGUGUGUUUAUGUACGUGAUCGGAGCUCGCAGGCUCGGAUCGCGAUUGGAGGUUCAUUCCGUGCGCGUUCCGCUAUCCGUGCUGUGUACCGGACAGUUUCAGCCCGAGGUCUUGGCUAAAUACGGCGGGUAGCGAGUGGCUUUCAUGGUAUUCCAUCGUCUGCGCGGCACAGGCAACGCUAGUGAACAUGGAGAUCAGUCUCUACUAGGGAUCAUGGAACGAAGCCCGUUGCAUCUGCGCAUGAUGCGUGCACCGCGGGGAUGCAACGCCACCACGUGCCUGCUGCUGUGCGGCGCACUGACAGCGCUGUACAUUCUCUACUCGUUGCAUUCACUGCAAGAACUGGUGAAAACGCAGCAACGCAGUCUGGUACAUCACAUUGAGCAGCUGAAACAUGUCCAGCAACCAGCAGCAUCACACCAUGGAGGGGAGGUGCACGGAGGUGAGCAGCACCGCACUGCUGACGAUGGUGGUAAAGGAGACGUGUAUCUUCCCAACACUCGCUCCAUACCCACACUGUGGUUGAUGUCCAAGUCGGUGCAUCAUCUCAAUCAUGUCAUCACCGUGUUUGAGCGGGCAGGGUUCCAGAUUGUACGCCAACCAGCACCGAGGACAGACGUACUCUGGUCGUACGAAUACCCGUUCUCGGGUGGCUGGCGAGCUGCCAUUCACAAGAUGAGGCAUCCUCAGAAAGUCAAUCACUUCCCUGGUUCUGGCUUCAUUACAAACAAGAUGAGUCUGUCAACGUCUAAGAUCAAGUAUCUACCCAAAGCCUAUAAAAUUCCUAGCGAUGUCGAUGCUCUAAAGAAAUCCGCCAAAAGCAACCCAAAGAAGAUGUUUGUAAUGAAGAGCAAUGACCACAGAGGCAUAAAGAUCAAGACUCUUGCAGACAUGGAUUUAAGCGAGAAGGGUCGGCUCAAUUUUGUCCAGGAGUUUGUUGACAAACCUUAUCUAGUUGAUGGACGGAAGUUUGACAUUGGUGUGUACGUGGUAAUUGCAUCAAUCAACCCACUACGCGUCUACAUGUACGAGGAAGAGGUCUUGCUUAGGUUUUGCACAGUGGACUAUCAUCCUUUGGAUGUAACGAAUGUCGAGAAGUAUGUCAUCGGUGACAAAUACACGCCAACAAGUCAGAUUCCUUCCUUGAAGCACUCCAUCAUUGACCUUCAGUACAGCAUGAAGCAGACACUCAAUGUACACCUCAAAUCAAAGGGGUUCGAUCCAGAAAAGCUUUGGUCGCAAAUACGCACUUCGAUUAGGGAGGUGACCACAUCCAAGGAGAAGGAGAUCAAGGUGGCUAUGGCAACAUACCCUGAUCCUAAGGUUUUCUUUGAAAUGGUUCGCUUCGACUUUGUCAUUGAUGAUCUGCUCAACCUCUGGUUGAUGGAGGUGAACAUGUCACCUAAUCUGUCAUCAUCCAUUCACCCAGAGAAUGCAAUCAUGUACGAGCAGGUCAUAUUCAAUACACUGGCACUGGUCGGAGCUGCACACUAUGUUGCUGGACCGCUGGUCAAACUGAACGAUCAAGAACGUGCUAUGACAGUACGCAAAAGUGAUGUCAUCGUGCCAGUCGACGAGUGCAGUCAAGACAAAUGCAAGCAUUGUGAAGCAGAGAUCUGUGCGCUGUGUCAACAGUGCAUGAGUGAUGAGCAGCUGGGUAUUUUCAAGCAAGCUUUCCAAGAGCAGGUGCACCGCAGGAACUUUGUCCGUCUCUUCCCAAUACCCCCGAGUGGUAAGACUGACCCUGGUCUCAGCCAUGAUGUCCCGUCCGUACCUAACACAGUGAUGCGCCACUGGUAUGCUGCUAAGUGCCGGCACAGUCCGGCAUGGUGCAUGUAGGCGAUGGUGACCUGCAACAGCCGCAGUGACAAUGCUACUUGAAGCAUGUUGAUGAGGGUUGCAACAACGGCAAUAUGCACAAUGAUGACAACGGCGUAUUCAGUACAUCAUACCUACAGGCUGCGGCAAUGCUAAACUGCACAUAGCAACAAUGAGAGUCUCUAAGACAUGCAUCCUAACACACGGAGCUUACCAGCAACCUCCCCAUUGAUGCAUCCAGUAGUUUCGCUCAGUAUUGAUGGCGUGCUACCUGGCUCAUCGGAUAUAGAUAACUAAUGAUGUGGCCAUGUGCUACCCCUGCAGUGUCGCUAUUCUUCCUGCUCUUUGUGCUACACAGUACUGUUUGCCUUGAGAAACAGAAAACAAAGUUUACGUCUAUCUUUUCUCUAGUGGAGUUUGGAAAUGUCAUUAGAAGUUUUUUUUAUUGAUUUGUGGCCAUCACCAUGCUAGACCUAUUGGCCUUGGUCACCUCAGAGUCUCAGACUGAUGCUGCUACAGUCUCAGUAUGUUUAUCACUGGAACAUUUAGCCUUUCUAUUCAUUUGUUUGAGGGAAAGGUACGAACAGGAAAACGGUCUGAAGAACCUUUUUGGCUGUCACCACCACUGAGGACUCGAACCAGGGACCCUCGCCCAUGGCCAGCAACGCUCUACCACCAAGCUAUGGUGCAGUCGUCAUCCAAGCAAGCAAUCAGUUCUGGUAUACUUCCUCUUGAGAAUGUUUCUCUAUCUUUUGCGCAUAUUGUCUUUUCACUAGACAUUGACGGAAACUAGAUAUUUUGUUGCACAUGCA